AUGGAGUCUGUUGUUUCUGAGUUCGAAGGAAUUCUCUUGAAAAAUCAUGAUCCUUUUUGUUACUUCAUGUUAAUGGCUUUCGAGGCGUCGGGGCUAAUUCGAUGUGCUCUUUUGCUUAUGUUAUGGCCUAUAAUUCGAGUUCUCGAUCUAUGUGUAAAAGGAGAUGUUGGAUUAAAACUUACUAUUUUUGUUGCCAUUGUAGGUAUAACAAUAUCUGAGAUUGAAGCAGUGGCUAGGGCUGUUUUACCUAAGUUUUAUUUUGAUGAUAUUAAUAUGGAGGCUUGGAAGAUAUUCAGUUCAUUUGAUAAGAGAGUUUUGGUUACAAAAACUCCAAGAAUUAUGUGUAAACAAUUAGUGACAAUUAGGCCUCAUUUAACAACAUGUAGGGAACCACUUCCAUUAAGAUUUAGUGCACUUUUUGCAGAAUUAACUGAUCGUAUAGUGUCAGUGGCUAUGAAUUAUAGAGUUCAUUUUUUUCAUGCAACAACAGCUAGAGGAUGGAAAGCAAUAUUAAUGGACCUAAUUUUCUCUUUUAUGAACCCUACACUAGUUUAUGAGGUAACAUUCUUAAAUCAGUUGCCAAUGGAAGCCACGUGUUCAUCUGGGAAAAGUCCACAUGAUGUUGCAAAUUAUGUUCAAAGGAUUUUGGCUGCAUCAUUAGGGUUUGAGUGUACAAAUUUUACAAGGAAAGAUACGUACAGAAUUCUUGCUGGUAAUGAUGGAAUUGUAUGA